CGGUGCGGCCGCGGGUGCUGGGUCCGGGGUGUGCGGGGGGCGCGGGGCCUGACUGGCGCCCGGACGCAGGCGUCCCCGGGAGACGCCCUGUGCUGGCUGUGUGGUUCCGGAAGCGGACUCUCGUCUCCAGUCCGUGGGUCCGACACACGGUGUUCACUAGGUGUCACUACCCAGCCGCCGGGGGGCCCGGGGGAGCAACACGGACACGGUGCCCGUCAACCUUGCAGACGAGGUUGCAAAAAGGGGAAAGGCAAAGGAAAGAGGAAAAACUCGAGUGCUUUUCUACCCCCGCGAGGGCCAAGUGUAAGACGGGAACACACACACCGCGCCUGGGCGCGGAACGUUCGGUUUUGCGGCCAGUGCACGGCAUUCCCGAGCAGCACUUUAUUGUGGCGUACUCCUCAUGCCGGCUGUGAACCGGUAAAAGUCACCCGAUCCACGCGAUUAACGGCCGCAAGGCCCCAGACGCGACCGAAGGGGAGGGAGCGCUGAUCUUCGGGAGACGGAAUUGUCUCAUGAAUGGUGCGUUCGAUCCGAUCGCCGAGGGCCUGGAGUUUUGCCUGCGCCCGAGGCCCGGUUGCUGGGAAACCAGCGCGCACUGGAGCUGGCGGAGCGUUGCAGGAGGCGUUUCUUGAGCCCAAGAACGGCUUUGACCUUCUUAAGAUGGCGUCUCGACCUUAACCGCAGACAUCACGCUCGCACGACUUCCGCCAUGGCCGCCACGUCCGGUUCGAAGACCCAGCGACUGUUCACGGUGGUAACGGAACACACGUUACGCUAAGGAGCCUUUUUCGCCCGGCAGCGGCUUCCAGAGAAAUAUAAAGACACUGUCCGCGGUGGGCAUUUGACGGGUUCCCCGCGUCCCGAGGCCCUCCGUGCCGCCUCAGGUCGUGACUAAGCGGAGUUUUCAUCAGGCGCACGCCACGGACAGCCCGACGCUCGCCGGGCUUCGGCGGGCGAGGGAAGACCCGAGAGCCGCAGGCUGCGCAAGAUGGCGACCGCGGCCGCAUCCUCUGCGUCCGAGCCGGAGGUUGAGCCCCGGGCCGUGCCCGAGGCCGAGGGGGAAGAGGAUGACGCGAAGGCGGCCCGCGCCGAGAGGAAGGUGCUGCCCCGCGCCGUGGCCGUGGACGCGGCCAAGGCCACGGGGCCGGGGUGGGAGCUGCAGCAGGAAGGCGUGAGCGACAGUGACGGGGAUGAGGAGGACGCCAUGGCUUCCUCCGCCGAGAGCUCCCCCGGGGAGGACGAGUGGGAGUACGACGAGGAGGAGGAGAAGAACCAGCUGGAGAUCGAGCGCCUGGAGGAGCAGCUGUCCAUCAAUGGCUUUGACUACAACUGCCACGUGGAGCUGAUCAGGUUGCUGCGCCUGGAAGGAGAGCUCAACAAAGUGAGGAUGGCCCGCCAGAAGAUGAGCGAGCUCUUCCCCUUGACUGAAGAGCUCUGGCUGGAGUGGCUGCACGAUGAGAUCAGCAUGGCCAUGGACGGCCUGGACCGAGAGCACGUGUACGAGCUCUUCGAGAGAGCCGUGAAGGACUACAUCUGUCCGAACAUUUGGCUAGAGUAUGGCCAGUACUCAGUUGGAGGCAUUGGUCAGAAAGGUGGCCUCGAGAAGGUUCGCUCUGUGUUUGAAAGGGCCCUGUCAUCUGUUGGCUUACACAUGACAAAAGGCCUGGCCAUCUGGGAGGCUUACCGAGAGUUUGAAAGUGCCAUUGUGGAAGCUGCUCGGCCCAUAGCUGCCUUCCUUUCCCCUUCUGACUGGGAACAAACCUUUGAUUCACAGCUGGAGAAAGUCCACAGCCUCUUCCGGCGACAGCUGGCGAUCCCGCUGUACGAUAUGGAGGCCACCUUUGCCGAGUAUGAAGAGUGGUCAGAAGAGCCCAUCCCGGAGUCCGUCCUUCAGAACUACCAGAAAGCCCUGGAGCAGCUGGAGAAAUACAAGCCCUUUGAGGAGGCGCUGUUGCAAGCAGAGGCCCCAAGGCUGGCAGAAUACCAAGCGUACAUUGAUUUUGAGAUGAAAAUUGGGGAUCCUGCUCGCAUUCAGUUGAUCUUUGAGCGUGCCCUGGUGGAGAACUGCCUGGUCCCAGACUUAUGGAUCCGCUACAGUCGGUACCUAGAUCGGCAGCUGAGAGUAAAGGAUUUGGUUUUAUCUGUACACAGCCGUGCUGUGAGGAACUGCCCCUGGACAGUCGCCCUGUGGACUCGGUACCUCCUGGCCAUGGAGAGACACGGAGUGGACCAUCAAAUGAUUUCUGCGACCUUCGAGACUGCUCUGAGUGCCGGCUUCAUCCAGGCCACUGACUAUGUGGAGAUUUGGCAGGUGUACCUGGACUACCUGAGGAGAAGGGUGGACUUCAGACAAGACUCUAGCAAGGAGCUGGAAGAGCUGCGGUCCAUGUUCACACGUGCUCUGGAGUAUCUGCAGCAGGAGGUUGAGGAGCGUUUCAGCGAGAGCGGAGAUCCAAGUUGCGUGAUCAUGCAGAGCUGGGCGCGGGUUGAGGCUCGUCUGUGCAACAACAUGCAGAAAGCUCGAGAGCUCUGGGACAGCAUCAUGACCAGAGGAAACGCCAAGUAUGCCAACAUGUGGCUGGAGUACUACAACCUGGAAAGGGCGCACGGCGACACGCAGCACUGUCGGAAGGCGCUGCACCGAGCUGUCCAGUGCACCAGUGACUACCCUGAGCAUGUCUGCGAAGUGUUGCUCACCAUGGAGAGGACGGAAGGGACCUUAGAAGAUUGGGAUGUGGCCGUUCAGAAAACCGAAACUCGCUUGGCUCGUGUGAAUGAGCAGAGGAUGAAGGCUGCAGAGAAGGAAGCCGCUCUUGUGCAGCAGGAGGAAGAAAGGGUUGAGCAGCGGAAGAAGGUGAGGGCCGAGAAGAAAGCCCUGAAAAAGAAGAAAAAGACCCGCGCAGACAAACGCAAGGCAGACGAGGAGGAUGAGAGAGAAUGGGGCGAGGAGGAGGAGGAAGAGCAGCCUUGCAAGCGCAGACGCCUGGAGAAUAGUGUGGCCUCUGCCGUGGCUGCAGCCACGCAGGAAGACACGGAAGUGGCUGGGAGAUGUGUGACCAUAGACGUUGCUCCUCCUUCCAAGCAGAAGGAGAAGGCAGCCUCCCUCAAGCUGGACAUGCCCAAGGUGGCUCACGACAGCAGUAAAGACAGCGUCACGGUCUUUGUUAGCAACUUGCCCUACAGCAUGGACGAGCCAGAGGUGAAGCUCAGGCCACUCUUUGAGGCCUGCGGGGAGGUGGUCCAGAUCAGGCCGGUCUUCAGCAACCGUGGGGACUUCAGGGGCUACUGCUACGUGGAGUUUAAAGAGGAGAAGUCAGCCCGUCAGGCCCUGGAGCUGGACAGGAAGAAUGUGGAAGGAAGGCCAAUGUUUGUCUCCCCAUGUGUGGAUAAGAGCAAAAACCCCGAUUUUAAGGUGUUCAGAUAUAGCACCACCCUGGAGAAACACAAACUCUUUAUCUCGGGCCUGCCCUUCUCCUGCACCAAAGAGGAACUUGAGGACAUUUGUAAGGCUCAUGGCACCGUGAAGGACCUCAGGCUGGUUACCAACAGGGCUGGCAAGCCGAAGGGUCUGGCCUAUGUGGAGUAUGAAAACGAGUCCCAGGCGUCCCAGGCAGUCAUGAAGAUGGAUGGCAUGACCAUUAAAGAGAAUGUCAUUAAGGUGGCAAUCAGUAAUCCCCCUCAGCGGAAGGUUCCAGAGAAGCCGGAAGUGAGGACCCCUAUGGUACCCCGGCAGAUGUAUGGAGCGCGCGGGAAGGGAAGGACCCAGCUUUCUCUUCUUCCUCGGGCUCUGCAGCGCCACACUGCUGCUCCUCAGGCCGAGAACGGCCCUGCUGUGGGGCCGGCUGCCACCGCUUCCAUGACCACCGAGGCUCCUAAGAUGUCCAAUGCUGAUUUUGCGAAGUUGCUUCUGAGGAAGUGAAGAGGACUCUGAGAGAUGGGAAAUGCCUUACUUACUCCUUCAUGCUGGCCAGACAGGUCACUGUGGGCCCUGGAGACAGGAGGGCUGGGCACUCACCUGCCUCCCAGAUUCUCCUCUGAUGGAGACGAGAAGGAAGAGCCUACACUGAGCAUGGCGGCGAGGAGUAUUCCCUCACAUUGAGGGCGGAGGCCAGCUGCUUUACGGGCUGUCCCCAGGGACUUCAGUGUCGAACAAGGAGGGACUCAGCUUUUGAGGCCCACUUGUCCUGAUACUUUGACCACCUCUGGCCCCUUUUCUACGAACCCCCUACCCCCCCAAGCCCUGCACAGCACGAGUGCCCAUCGCUCUUUAGACCUAAAAAGAUACAGUGGAAGAUGCUUGUCACUCAUCAGGAUGGCCUGGCUAGUACAGUGCGGGCGGGCGGGGCCAUCGCAGAGAACACGUGAUGAUGGGCUUUUGUCCAAAGAGGCGCGAGUUUUUUAUUAUGUAUUUGUAAUUGACACAUCAACUGUUUUAUGUUCCCAAAGCGGAAUGUCUGCGGAAUUUGUUUAUAUAGGAAUGCGUGUGCCACUGCUGUGGACCAUUUUCUUUGCCUGGUGACUGGAGACCUGUGUCCUCUGUCCACCCUUGUGUCUAAAUGCUGUGUCCAGCGCAAAGUCGUCCCCCACUUAGCUUUGUUUAUUAAAGUGAAGUUCUCUCUUACCAAA